AUGUUGAGGGAUUUCAAAUUCUUGCGCCGGAAUUCUUCGAAGAAUGACGAAGCGGAGAAUAUUCCGGUGAGUCGAAAGGAUUUUUCGGCUGUUCGGAUCUCGUCGGACUCGCCGAGAGCUCCGUUCAACGCCAUUCAAGAUCCGGCUCCUAAUCCGAAGCCGGAACAAGACGUUUCUAAGAGCAAGGUUGAUAAAACCCCGGUAAAGUCAAAGGCUAAAGCUUCGGAUCAUCCGGCAUUGCCACUUCGGACGCCGGACAAGCUCGGAGCCGCGAUGUCAGCGAAGAACCGGUUUGGUUGGGCGCAGAGGAACGAAGCCGGAGGCGGCGACGAUUUCGGAAGUUGUUCCGUGAGCCGAAGAGCUGGGAUUGGGAAUGGGGGUUUCGCAAGUAUGACGCCGAGGCCGACGAGGACUACUGUCGGGAGAGCUGCGCCGAGCUUUUCGGAGAGCAAUUCGACGCAGAGCACACCAACAAAGAGCGUCUCCAAGCCUCCGAGUUCCACUCUCCGGAGCAAGGUGGACGGUGUCGUCGGUGCUCGGAUGGGGAAUUUCGCUGCAUUGUACAAAGGAUCGUCGUCAACGGUGGUUAAUACGGUCGAAGUUCCUCACUUCGAUCUCAAGGAAGAUCCGUCCUUUUGGAUGGAGCACAAUGUACAGGUCCUUAUACGUAUUCGUCCUCUUAAUAGCAUGGAGAGAAGCACAAAUGGUUACAACAGAUGCUUGAAGCAAGAGAGCUCUCAGACCAUUACUUGGGUUGGCCACCCAGAAACUCGGUUCACAUUUGAUCAUGUAGCCUGUGAAACAGUAGAUCAGGAAAUGCUUUUCAGGAUGGCCGGGUUACCUAUGGUGGAGAAUUGCCUCUCAGGGUAUAAUAGCUGUAUGUUUGCCUACGGUCAGACGGGAAGUGGAAAGACAUAUACAAUGCUUGGGGAGAUUGACAACCUAGAAGUCAAGCCUAGUCCACAUCGUGGAAUGACGCCAUGCAUAUUUGAAUUCUUGUUUGCAAGGAUCCAAGCUGAAGAGGAAAGCAGGAGAGAUGAGAAGUUAAAAUACAAUUGCAAGUGCUCUUUCUUAGAGAUCUACAAUGAACAGAUUACAGAUCUUCUUGAUCCCUCAUCCACCAAUUUGCUUCUGAGAGAGGAUGUUAAGAAGGGUGUUUACGUAGAAAACUUAUCAGAGUUUGAAGUUUGUACCAUCGGUGACAUCCUAAACCUUCUAAUUCAGGGUUCUUCAAAUAGGAGAGUUGCGGCCACAAACAUGAAUAGAGAGAGCAGCCGUUCACAUAGUGUCUUUACAUGUGUAAUUGAAAGCAGAUGGGAAAAGGAUUCAACUACUAACUUACGGUUUGCUAGACUAAACUUGGUUGACUUGGCUGGUUCUGAAAGGCAGAAAAGCUCUGGUGCUGAGGGUGAGCGUUUAAAGGAAGCUGCUAACAUUAACAAAUCUCUGUCUACAUUGGGUCAUGUUAUAAUGGUUCUAGUGGAUGUUGCACAAGGGAAGCAAAGGCAUAUUCCUUAUAGAGACUCAAGACUUACCUUUCUUCUACAGGACUCACUUGGUGGGAACUCAAAAACAAUGAUUAUAGCAAAUGUUAGCCCUUCUAUCUGCUCUGCGGCUGAAACACUGAACACUCUUAAGUUUGCUCAGCGAGCGAAAAUGAUCCAGAAUAACGCUGUGGUGAAUGAAGAUUCUACAGGGGAUGUCACUGCCUUGCAACACCAAAUACGGCUUCUAACGGAGGAACUUUCUAUUCUGAAACGUCAGAAUGUCUCUCGGUCUUUAUCAUUUGGGUUGCCUACUUAUGAAUAUACGAGUCAAGUAUCGGAAUAUAGUUUUCAAGGACAUGUGUGUGACAUGGAUACAGAAGAUUCUGAUGAUUUGCUUGAAAACGACUCUAAAGGCACUGUGAGAAUGUCUAAUAAGCAGCUGAAAGGCUUGGAGACAACACUUGCCGGUGCCUUGAGGAGGGAGCAAAUGGCAGAAACUUUUGUAAAGCAACUUGAAGCUGAAAUAGAGCAAUUAAACCGAUUGGUAUGCCAAAGAGAGGAAGACACUAGGAGCACUAAAAUGAUGCUUAGGUUUCGGGAGGACAAAAUUCGAAGGAUGGAGUCACUUGUUAAUGGCUCAAUUCCCGUGGACAGUUAUUUACUAGAAGAGAACAUAGCUCUAUCUGAAGAGAUUCAACUACUUCAAGCUAAACUAGAAAAGAAUCCAGAAGUAACUCGCUUUGCAUCGGAGAAUAUACGGCUUUUGGACCAGCUCGGAAGAUUUCAAGAAUUCUAUGAAGAAGGCGAGAGAGAGAAACUCUUGUCUGAAGUAUCUGAAUUGCGGGAUCAGUUGCUACAAUUUCUUGAUGGAAACUCGAUACAGCAAAACAAUCCAAAUUUAACAAUUGUUCCUGAGGAAUCCAUGUGCAUCAGCAAGAAAAAUGAAUUCCUUAAUCUGGAGUUGGGAAACACUUUCAUUGAGUUAGAGGAAUGUCGGCGCAAUUUGACUUCUUGUUUGGAUGAAAAUGCAAAACUCAGUAGGGAGCUAGAAGAUGUCCGUUCAAUGUUAAUUAAUCUUCAAUCUUCACCCCUUGGUCAAGAAGAUAGCGUUAAGACUACAGAGUUUCUAAACGCAGCUCAAAUUGAAGAGAUAGAGUCAAAACAUGAGUCUAUGAUGACUAAGAAUGCAGAAGAAAUUGUGAACUUGCAAUUGGAAUUGGACAUUUUAAAGAUUAUUCUCAAAGAAGAGAGAUCUUCUAGUGGCAAGGUGGAGGAAAGGGUAACAUGCUUAAACAGUGAGCUUGAGCUGGCGAAAGAAGAGCUCUUCUCAAUAAGCAAACAUUAUGACGAUGCAAAGACAGAAUUGGAGGAGGCAAAGUCGGUCAUCGAGGCUCUUGAGUCUCAGCAGAUUCUAUCAAUCAAUGAGAUGGAAGACCUGAGAAACAGUAACAAUCAUCAUAUGCAGCUUUUGAGUAAACAGGAAGUUGAAAUCAUGUUCCUGAAAGAGAAGCUUGCUUUAAAGGAGCUAAAAGAUGUAACACCUUCAAACUCUUCAGAGAAUGAUUCCUCUCUGUUGCACGAAAAGGUGAAGAGGAUGCAAUGUUCCCUUGACAAGGCAAAGAGACUAAACAUGCGGUACCAAAAAGAUCACGAAUUUCAGGUCUCCAAUGAUGAAGAAAUUGACGAGGUCCGAAAGCAGGUUGAAGCUGAAACUGCUGAGGUGAUUGUCUGUUUACAGGAAGAGUUGGCCAUACUCCAGCAAGAAGUCCAAGCUAAUCAUUUGAAGGAUGUGGAGGUGAAAAAGAACUUAGUGCUUUUAGAAAUUGAACUGAAGGAUGUUCAUGAAAAAGUGCACGUUCUGACCGAAGAUAAUGCAAGUUUGAGCGGAAAGCUUCAGGAAAAAGAUAGAGAACUACGAACUUUGACUGAAGAAUGGUCAUUGUUGACUAGCGAGAUCGAAGAAGUUCUUGCAGACGGGUGCGAAUUGCUUAUUGACGCCUCUGAUCAGCUUGAAGUUAUAUCUAGUUCCUUUCCGCAAAAAAGGAUUUGGAUAUCUGACCAUGUGGGUAAGAUCGUAAGAACCAUAUCUGAAAAGGAAUUGUUGAUUGAAGAGCUGAGAAGAUGUUUAGAGGAUGCAAACAACAAAAGAAGCGAUGUUGAGUGUAUGCUGAAGUCAUUGAGAGGAGCAGCACUGGCCAUCACUGAAGCUCACCAAAGGGAGUGCAGUGAAAAGAAGAAGGAUAUUCUGCUCUUGAAAUCACAGUUGAACAGAAAGACAUCUAGCAGAGAGAAGCUAGAAAACAGAGUGAAACUAUUGGAACAUGAGAUUGGAAAAGCAUCAGUUUGUGCAACAGUUGCCUUUGUCAUUGUGAAUAGAUUAACAGAAGUAAAUCAUAGUAACUUUGAUGCGCUUCAGCAUAAGGAUGCCCUUCUCCGUGAGCAGGCUUCUAUAGUUCAAGAAGCAGAGAAACAAAUCCAAAUUAUGAGGGCAGAGCUAGUAGAGAUGGAAGGAAUUUCUGCUGAUUUAAGAGGGCAGAUUUCAGAAGAGCGGAAACACGCUUCCGCCAUUGAAGAAAAGCUUAAAAAUGUUGAAGAGAAGAACAUUUCAGAGGCAAAGGAAAAACUAGAAGAGCUAAAAACCGGUGUCUCCUCACUCAAAUCAUGCAUGGCCAUACAUGUGGAGCAUUAUGGAAGUCCUGAAAGGGAUAGUUCACAAGAAGAUCGUACAUUUUUUGAUGGAGAAUAUGAAGGCCGGAUAGCUCCUGAAACAUAUGCCGAUGAUGUCGAAGACUCAAGAAGGAACAUGUCUAAAUUUUCCCUUGAUGUAGGGAAGAGCGCAUCUGAUCAGGAAACUUUGAAGACAACAAGACCUUGCAAGGAUAGAGAUACUAUAGUUCUACUAAGAAGGGAAAUAGAAUCUGCCCUUCAGAGCCUGAAAGAGGUCCAAAGUGAGAUGGAGAAACUUCAUGAAGAAAAUAAAGAGAUGUCGAAGUCUGAGCAAAAAACUAGGGAAAGCAUGAAAUCUUUGGUGGCUCAGAUACUUAACCUGCAAACAACUAUGGAUAACUUUGAAAGUCAAUCCGAACACAAGAUGGGAGCUUUGAACCAAAGGCUAGAGGCAUUUGAACAGAUUGUGCUAGAAGGCAGCUCUCACUGGUAUGGAACCAAAGAGUUGCUCGAGCUAGAAGUUGAUGAUGCAAAGUUGGUUGCUGCCGAGAAAGCAGCAGAAGUUGCUUGCGUUCUUUCUAAAUUUGAAGAAGCACAAGACACCAUGAAAGAAGCAGAUAUUAUGAUCAAUGGAUUGAUGAUAGCAAAAGAGAAAAUGAAGCUCGAGGUGGAAAAAUUGAAGAAAAUGAACAGCGUUUUGAUAAAUGAUAAGGAUACAUUAGCUAACGAAGUUCAAAGCCUGCAGUCUGUCAAAAAUCUGAAAAAUCAGCAAUGUGAACAACUUGUUUCUGAUCUAGAGGAAACAAAGGCUCUGGUUGUAGAACUUGAAGACAUUAUUUCAGAGGUCCAGACUGCUUUCAAGGAGAACUCCAUGCUUCUAGCCUCUGAUUUCCACACCAUAAAGGGUCUACUUUUUGACUCUUCAAAGCUGGUCAGGACAUGUCUUGAGGACAUUUGGUCUGAAAUAAUUGUGAAGGAUUCCGCUGUGUCAGUUCUACACCUCUGCCAUAUGGGAAUUCUGUUGGAAACAGUUACUGGAUUGAAUGCGGAGAAUGGGCUGCUUCAACAUGGCAUGUGUGAAUCAAAUGCUGUUAUAGCUGAUCUGAGAGAGCACAAUAACAAGUCAAUAAAAGAGCUCGAGAUGUGCAGGGUUAUUAAGGGGAAAUUAUUGGCUGACAUUAAGAAUAGCUUUGACCGCAUUUCCAAGAAAGAAGAGGAAAACCAAGAACUCAGUGUCAAGCUAACCACUUUCGACAAAAAGAUAUUAGACUUACAACUUCAGGAGGAGUUGAUGCUGCAGAGGUCUAAUCACAUGGGAUCUCAGCUUUCUAUGUUAAUGAAGGAGUUAGAUUCGAGUAACAAAACUUUGGCUGCACCCCUUUUGGAUCAAGAGAAAUUGUUGAAGGACAAAGAAGAAGUAUUCGAUUCUCAAGCCAAGUCCUUCAUGAGAAACUGGUGCUUGAAAGAGUUCGAGUCACUUAUCUUGGCAUCAGAAUUAGAAGAGAUGGCUUGCCAUAAAGCGGAUACAGAAAGAGAGUAUAUCAGUUGCUGCGCAAUUCUCGAAGAUCUAAAGAAAGAAAUAAUUAUUUUCCAGAUAGAGGCAGAACUAAAAGAUCAGUUCUUGAAUGACAAGGAAAUUGAGGUUUCUGGUAAAUUCUCCUCACUGAGUCAGCAAACUCGGGAGUUGCAAAAUCUUUCUUGUGCGCUGAAAGACGAGUUGCAAAGGAAGGAGACAGAGCUAACUAGAAUGAUCAGCUUGGAGAAGGAAAAUGAGUCCCUGAGAAUUGAGAUAAAGAAUUUAAAGGCAGAGAACAGCUUAGUUCUCCAUGACCUGGAGGAGAAGAAUUCUGAUGUUGAAUCUUCUUUGAGCCAAGUAAAUCUCCUUGAAAAAGAAAAUCACAGGUUGAGGGAUGAAAUUUCGUCUUUGGAGAAACAUUUCCAGGCUGCUAGUGCUGAACUUCAUGAACUACAACAAUCUCAAUAUGCCAUUACAGAAGAGUUGUGCCUCAAAAGCCAGGACUUGCAAACAUAUGCUAGUAGAGUUGAUACAUUAAAGGAAGAGAAUGUUCUUUUGCGAGAAGAGCUCGACUCUCUCAAGAAAAGCAAGUAUGAACUUCUCACAAUGUCCAGGUCAAACAUGGAGAAAUAUGUUGAUUUGUUGGAUGAAAAACUAGCUGGUUUUCUGAGUGUAGAAGGCUUCGUGAAUACGGAUAAAAUGCUUCAAGAAAUCUGUGAAACUGUGCAGAGGACACAAGAGUUCGUAGAUCAGAUUGAUAGCUUGGAAUGCCAUGUCAAAGAGAUGGAAUCUGAAAAUUUGUCUAUUCAAACAGAGCUACUGAGGAAAGACGAGGUUCUUAAAGGCUUGCUAUUUGAUCUGAGCUUGUUGCAGGAAUCUGCAUCCAAUACAAAGGAUCAGAAGGAUGAAAUUGAGGAAAUAAUGGCUUCCCUUGAGGUUUUGGAGGAUGAGCUUUCAGCGAAGUCAGGUGAGCUUGAAGAAGCAAUGGCUGCAAGGCAAAUGCUUGAAGCUGAGUUGGGGGAGAAAACAGAUAUAAUCUCCACUCUCGAAUUGGAUAUCUGUGAAGAGCACAAGUCUCGAGAGUUUCUCCGGCACGAAAACGUGGAACUGCAGGCUCAGCUUGAAGAUGCCUUGGCUGCGAAAGGCUCUGUGGAGGAGGAGUUGACAGAGACAAAGAAGGUGAAUGAGAGCUUGGAAAUGGAGCUCUUGGAGAUGGGAAAUGCUAUUGAUUGGUUGAACGAUUCGAUCGAUUCAUUGACAAGCAAUGUGGAUGAGCUCGCCAGUGAGAGGGAUCAUCUCCAGUUGGAGAUGGUUGGUUUGAAGAACAAGCUUGAAGCAGAACAAGCACGGGCUGAAGAAAGUGAAGCAAUUGCAAAGGAAGCCCAACUGAUGGCUGAAUCAAGGAACCUCUAUGCUGAAGAAAAGGAGGCGGAGGUGAAGCUACUUGAGAGGUCUGUGGAGGAGCUAGAGUGCACUAUAAAUGUACUGGAAAACAAGGUUGAUAUUGUUAAGGAGGAAGCUGAAAGACAACGGCUGCAGAGAGAAGAACUUGAAUUGGAACUUCUCGCAGUGAAACAGCAGAUGCAGAAUGUCAAAAAUGCUGAUGCUGACAUGAGAAGAUUCAUGGAGGAGAAAGAGAAAAAUCUUCAAGAAGCACGCAAGAAAAUACAAGUUCUCGAGAGCGAUAUAGCUGAGAAGGACGCAGAGAUUGCCCAAUUCAAAGCACAUAUCUCUGAGCUGAACUUGCAUGCCGAAGCACAGGCUACUGAGUACAAGCAGAAGUUCAAGGCACUGGAAGCAAUGGCUGAGCAUGUAAGACCCGAGGGCCAUUUACUUCAUGCACUGAGUUCUUCACCGAAGAAGGCAGAGAAGUAUGGCGCAAAGGCCAGGGGUUCUGGUUCCCCUUUUAAAUGCAUUGGAUUAGGCUUGGCACAGCAAAUAAAAUCAGAGAGGGAUGAAGAGCUUACGGCUGCAAGGAUGCGCAUUGAAGAGCUUGAAUCCUUAGCCGUAAGCCGACAGAAAGAGAUAUUUACUCUAAAUACCAAACUGGCCGCUGCCGAAAGCAUGACCCAUGAUGUUAUUCGGGACUUGCUGGGAGUGAAGCUGGAUAUGACUACAUACAUGUCACUGCUGGACAAUCAGCAAGUUCAGAAGAUCACUGAGAAGGCUCGGCUUCAUAACCUUGAAUCCCAAGAGAUGGAGCAGGAGGCUGUUAAGCUGAAAAAACAGCUAACUGAUUUCAUUCAGGAGAGACAAGGAUGGCUAGAGGAAAUUGAUAGAAAACAGGCUGAAGUAGUAGCUGCACAAAUAUCUUUGGAGAAGCUUCGGCAGCGUGAUCAUUUGCUCAAAGCGGAAAAUGAGAUGUUAAAGAUGGAGAAUGUGAAUCAUAAGAAGAAGGUGAUGGAACUUGAAGGAGAAAUAAAUAAACUUUCUGGCCAGCAAAACCUCCAUCAGCGAAUACAUCACCACGCUAAGAUCAAGGAAGAAAAUAACAUGCUCAAGAUUCACAAUCAAGAGCUCAGCACCAAGCUGCGGCGGACAGAAGGCAUCCUUUCACGCGUCAAGGAAGAACUCAAUCGCUUCCGUGAUUCCCUUGGAAGGAAUCCCUACAUUGAUUUUGAUGAAGAGAAAAGAUUGAGCACCAAGCUGAAGGAAACUGAGGAGGAAAAGAUGCAAUUAGCACAAAAGUUAUUAGGUCUAUGUACCAGUGUUUUAAAGGCGGCUGGAAUUACAAAGCCUGUAAAUGAUGUAAACCCCUCGUUUGCUGAAGAGGUGCUUGAGCAACUCAAGAACAAAAUUACUUCCAUGGAUAGAGAAAUAGAAGAUUUGAAGUACAAGAAUAAGAUUACAAAUGAAAGAAUUCGAUUGUCUGAGCUAAUGCCACAAUCUUCACCAAUAAGUUCAAGGGCAGAUGAGAAUCGUCAAACUCCCAAACGGGUGUCCCAAGCUCCAUAUUUUUCUCCCCUAGAUCGCUGAGUACUGAUAAUCUAGUUAGCUUUUUCGCAAAUAAUUAUAUUGUACAAUUUUCUUUUUCCCCACAUUUUG